GCAGGGCUUCGCAGGCACCGGGGAGCGAUGGCUUGGGCGCCCGCGGACGGGGAGAGAAGGCGCUGGGAGCCCGCAGCCUUCCCCGCGAGCCUGCCUCUGUUUGAUCUGCCCCCUACCCUGCUGGGCAGCUUCUGCUCCAUCCUGGACUCCUGCGAUGGAGCUCUGGGCUGGCGGGGACUCGCUGAACGCCUUUCCAGCAGUUGGCUGGAAGUCCGACACAUUGAAAAGUAUGUUCAACAAGGUAAAAGUGGAACAAGGGAAUUACUCUGGUCUUGGGCACAGAAAAACACGACUAUCGGUGAUCUUUUGCAAGUACUAGAGGAAAUGGGCCAUGAACGAGCAAUUAAUUUAAUUUUGAAUCAUGGAAGGACCUUAAGUGCCUCGUCUAAGCAGAGUCAACAGACAGCCGGAUUUCCAAAUAUUUCUUCCCAGGUAACAACUGACAACACAAUUGGUAACAUAGGACGUAUGCCUGGAUAUCAGAAAGGAAUAAGCCCAAAACCUUCCGUCAACUUUAAAAACAUCAUAGAAGGAACCAAAAACUUUCAUAAAGAUUUGCUGAUUGGAGAAGGGGAACUCUUCAAAGUAUUCAAAGUGGAACUUCAAAGUGGAACAUAUGCUGUUAAGUUAUUUAAACAGGAGAAAGCUACACAGGAUAACAAAAAUUGGAAGAUGUUUUUCUCAGAACUUAGAGUUUUGAAUUUGGUUCAACAUCCAAACAUCCUGGAACUGGUUGCGUAUUUUAUGGAGAAUGAGAGGUUCUGCCUUGUUUAUCCAUACAUGAGCAAUGGAUCGCUUUGUGACAGGCUGCAGUGUGUAGAUAAUACUUCUCCACUUUCUUGGCAACUUCGACUCAGUAUAUUGAUAGGAGUGGCCAGAGCCAUUCAGUAUUUGCACAGCGCUGAACCAUGCUCUGUCAUCUGUGGCAACAUAACAAGUUCAAACAUACUUUUGGACAACCAGUUUCAACCCAAACUAAAAAAUUUUGUCACAGCCCACCUCCGACCUUUCCUGGAAAAACAGAGUUCCACCAUAAAUAUGGAAAGCAGGAGGAAUAAAUACCUAUGGUACAUGCCAGAAGAAUAUAUUAGACAAAGAAGACUGUCCACUAAAACUGAUGUCUACAGCUUUGGAAUUGUCAUAAUGGAAGUACUGACAGGUUAUAAAGUGGUGCUGGAAGGUCCAAAAUAUGUUCAACUGAGGGACCUCCUUGUGGAACUGAUGGAGAAGAGAGGCAUUGAGUCAUGUCUGUCCUUAUUAGAUAAAAAAAUAGAUCCAGGUCCUCAGAAUUUCUCCUGGAAAUUAUUUACUUUAGCAAACCAAUGCGCAGCUUCCCGGGCAAAGUUACGGCCAGCAAUGGAUGAAGUCCUGAUUGCUCUUGAAAGUACUUACCCUAUCUUACAUUUUGCUGAAGAUCCUCCCAAAUCACUGAAGUCCUUCAGGUCUCCUUCACCCCUUUUUCUUGACCACUUACCCAGUGUUCCCAUGGAAAAUGAUGAAAGUCAGGAUUUUUGCUCACCUCCUAAUGAAAAAUUGGAUAAAGAUAGGUUUGCUCAGAAAACUCCGUUAGAGUGUAGCCAGUCUGAAGUCACUUUUCUGGGCCUUGACAGAAAGGCCAUAGGUAAAGAAAAGGCCCAUGUUCCCAAAGUGCCUGUGACUCCCUGGGAAGACAACAUCUCAUCAAACCAUACACUUCCACCCCAGGACUCAAGUGUUUGUUGUAUGAGUAUGGACCUUUCUUCAGAGUCUAGAAGUCCUGUUUUGAGCAGGCUAGUGGAACCUAGCUCCUCCUCAGAAGUAUGUGGGAAUAAGGAUGAAAAGUUGGAAAGAGAUGACUUUUAAAAAUAUUUCACCAUCAGAUUAAAAAAAUGAGGCAAGUACUGCAUAGUGACGACUAUAAACCAUUGUUUUGGAAGGAACCAGUGAUGUCUACAGAGGUAAGACCGAGAGAAAGUUGAAUCUGGUGAAUCCAUUGUCUGGAUUUUUCAAGGUCCUACCUUUUUCAGUAUGGUUUAUGUUUUGGGGUGUUGUUUUGUUUUUGGGGGUUUUU